AUGGCUGGACUGAAUGCCUUGGAGAGACAAACAAACUCAGUAGCUCCGCGCCCUUCUCCGUCCAGCGGCAUUAGCUGCUGCAACCUUGCCAUGAGCCCAACACCCUCCACUGCCCAGCAGCCAAUCAGCGGCCGCAACGGUUCGCCAUGUCCACAGUCACAGUUUGAUGAUGACCCCGCUCCUGAUCAAUUCCACAGCGCGCUGAUUGGCUCAUGGCCGCAACCAGCCUCUCAGCAGAGCCCAUCAGCGCUCGCCAUCCCCGCUGUGGCGCUCGGUGGAUUCGCAUUUUUCUUUUUAGGAUCGCUUUGGACACGGCCUGCAGAUGGGCGGCGGCCGGCCAUUGGCACGUCGUGA